AUGAAGUAAAUUGAUAUUAUGGGGACAAUAAUAGCAAGAAAUGAAGAACUUGAGAGGGAAUUUCAGAUUGUGGCUCGUGCUCUAGAGCUAAGAGAGCAAGCCAAUAGAAAAACCUAGGAAUUAGAAUUGUUUGUAGGUCAACUUUAAAACUAACUCACACAAGAAAAGAAGUUAAAUUAAGACUAUUUUUAUAUGAGAGAAUAAGAUAACAGCGAGCUUACUUUGUUGGAGUCUGAAAUGAUAUCACUUAAAGAAAAUAAUAGAGACUUGCAAAAAUAAUUAGAAUUGUCAGGGAACUUGCUUGAAGAUAAGAUUAAAAAGUUAGAGAACCAACAGGAUAUCAUCGACAACCUCAAGGAUGAAAUUGAUUCCUUAAAAACCAACUCAGAUUACAGAUUAAGAUAGUAGCAAGAGGAAAUUAAGAUUUUAUAGGAUGGAAAUAUGCGUAGUUAGUUCUAAAUAAAGGAAUUAUAGAAGCAAAUUAGAGAAUAAUUAGAUGUCUAUCAAAGAGAAAUAAAAGAAGCUUACCUUGGAUAGGCAUAAAAAGAUGAAUAGAUAACGACAGGGGAUUAAUCAAUGUUUGUGGGAGGAGGAUAAAGACUAUAGCACCAAUAAAAUAGCAGCACUAAGUCAUUGAUAGUUAACAAUAAUAGCACAUAGAUAAACAGAAUAAUAGAGGAGGAAAGAGAAAAGAACAGAAAGCUACUGAGUGAAAUUAAAUAGCUAAGAACUUAAUAUAGAGAUUGA